GAGAUGAGGUGUGUAGUGAAGAGAUUGAGGAGAUGUGGAAAGAUGACGAUCACCUUGGGUUUUUAAAGGGGAUGAGCGUUGCUGUAGCGCUGCAGCUGGUUGGCCUGGAUCACUGUUGCAUCACUACAGCAGAACAGCAGUAGAGCAAAGGCAGCCAAGGCCAUGGAGGCAGGGCCCAGCCGACCAGCGUCAACCGGUCAGCCGAGGCGCGAGGAACGAGAGCGAGCGCGUGGGGUGGCCUUGGUGUGCAUGGUGGGGUUAUCUCCCUCAUCUCUCAUCUCAUCGGUGGGUGUGUUCAGGGUUCACUCCAUCUGCCGCCGGACCCAGGUACGUCACACAUUUCUCCUUCUCCUAGCUGUCCGUCCUAGCCUCUUCUCACUUUUCCGCCCCAAUUGCCGGAGCUCGGGCCGCCGGUGUCAGGGCGGGCACGCCGCGAAGAAGAAUGAGCAUGCAGACCGGAGGACGUAAGCCGUCAGAGCGCCGCGGGCGUGAGAGCCAUCAAUCAUACUUGACAGUUCGAGACCCGUU